AUGGUUAUUAAUAGCUGUGAUUUUAGUACGGUAGUUUAUAUCGUCCAGAGGUGUAGUACCUAUAGGACGGCUGAUGUGUCUGAGCUUGCUGGGUGCCGAGAGUGCGGUGCCAGGUUAUAUAAAUACAAAUAGGUGAAGAGGGGCAACGCGAGACCUCUUGCACUUUCUUGACGGCGAACGUCGCAGCGACCAGUCCUCGCCGAGCAUCAUGGCUCGACACGCGUGUCUGUGUCUUGGUGUGUUGUUGCUCAGCUGUCUCGUGACCGGUGAAUUGCGAGUUAAGCGGCAGGAGGAGGACGGAGGAGAUGAUGUCAACGCAGAACAGUUGUGCGAUGGUCGCCCGGCUGACGAGUAUUUCCGUCUCACCACCGAAGGAGACUGCCGCGAUGUAGUCAGGUGCACUAGGUCAGGUCUUAAACAAAUCACUUGCCCGUCUGGACUGGCAUUCGAUCUUGAUAAACAAACCUGCGACUGGAAGGGUAAAGUGACCAACUGUGACAAACUUGAGAAACCAAGGAAAGUGUUGCCUAUCCUGAAAACGGAUGAGCCAAUCUGUCCUGAAGGAAAAUUAGCUUGUGGAAGUGGUGACUGUAUUGAAAAGGAACUUUUCUGUAAUGGCAAAUUUGACUGCAAGGAUGAGUCUGACGAAAAUGCUUGUACUGUCGACGUAGAUCCCAACCGAGCCCCAGACUGUGAUCCCAACCAGUGCGCACUGCCUGACUGUUUCUGCUCCGCAGACGGAACUCGUAUUCCUGGAGGUAUUGAGGUCAACCAAGUGCCUCAAAUGAUCACAAUAACCUUCAACGGUGCCGUAAACGUUGACAACAUUGACUUGUAUGAACAAAUUUUCAACGGAAACCGUCAUAAUCCCAAUGGAUGUCAGAUUCGUGGUACAUUCUUCGUAUCUCACAAAUACACUAACUAUGCUGCUGUGCAAGAAUUGCACCGUAAAGGUCACGAAAUUUCCGUGUUUUCCAUCACUCACAAGGAUGACCCUCAAUACUGGAGCAGCGGAAGCUACGAUGACUGGUUGGCAGAAAUGGCUGGCGCUCGUUUGAUCAUUGAAAGAUUUGCCAAUAUUACUGACUCGUCAAUCAUUGGCGUCCGUGCACCUUACCUACGUGUUGGAGGAAACAAACAAUUUGAAAUGAUGGCUGAUCAGUACUUCGUUUACGAUGCCUCUAUUACUGCUCCUCUUGGACGUGUUCCUAUCUGGCCCUACACGCUAUACUUCCGCAUGCCCCAUAAAUGCAACGGUAACGCGCACAACUGCCCAUCUAGAAGCCACCCAGUUUGGGAAAUGGUAAUGAAUGAAUUGGACAGGCGAGAUGACCCAACUUUCGAUGAAUCGCUUCCUGGUUGUCAUGUAGUUGACUCUUGCUCCAACAUUCAAACCGGAGAGCAAUUCGCACGUCUUCUGCGCCACAACUUCAACCGCCACUACAGUACCAACCGUGCCCCUCUUGGUUUCCACUUCCAUGCUUCAUGGCUGAAAUCCAAAAAGGAGUUUAGAGACGAGCUUAUUAAAUUCAUCGAAGAGAUGUUGGAGAAGAACGAUGUCUACUUCACCUCUCUUAUUCAAGUUAUCCAGUGGAUGCAAAACCCUACAGAACUGACGUCACUCAGAGAUUUCCAAGAGUGGAAGCAAGACAAAUGUGAUGUGAAAGGUCAACCUUUCUGCUCCCUACCAAAUGCAUGCCCCCUUACAACUCGAGAGUUACCAGGGGAGACACUCCGUCUUUUCACUUGCAUGGAAUGUCCUAACAACUACCCGUGGAUCCUAGAUCCUACGGGAGAAGGCUUCAAUGUUAAGAAGUGAUCUCUUUAAGGUAAAUUAAAAAGACUGUACACAUGUAAAUAAUACUCAAUAAUGUUAAUAAUAAUUACAGUAAUUAUUAUGAAUGUGGCAGGGCGUCAUCUUGCAGUGAAAUUUGUUUUAAUUAGAUACAUUAUAUAAAAAGUGAAAAACUAAGUGACAACCGCUCGAGUAAUACAACUGCAUAUACUGAUUUUUAGCAAAUGUAGUUAAAAAUUUGUUUCAUAGUAAUUUAGGUUAUUACCUACAUAUGACAAUAAAAAUUAUUAAAUUUAUUAAA